AUGCAAUUCUCAAAAUUCUUUUUAUUGGCUGCUGCUUCAACUUUAGUUUCCAAAGCUUUAUCAUUACCAACUUCAGAACAAUUAUUAAAACGUGAUGAUAGUGACAAUGAUGAUGUGGUUAUUCUUACUGUUCAAACCACUGUUCAAAACAUUCAAACUAAUAUUCAAACAGUUGAAGCUGCCACUUCAACUUUCACCAAUGUUAUAAUUGAUACUCAAACUACUACUUUCACAAGAUAUACUGCUACUGUUACUUCAACUAUUUUUGGUACUCCAUAUACUUUCACUACAAUUGCAUCUACUCCAAUUGGUGAUCAAAAUAAAGAAGUUGCUCAAAAUACUGGAGCUAUAGUUGAAACUGAAACUGAAGCUUAUACUUCUGUUGAAGUUGAAACUUUAUCUGCUGGAUCUCCAUCUACUGAACAAGGUGGAGAAUACACUGAAGUUGAAACUCUUGUUUCUACUGGUGUUUAUACUAGUGUUGAUCCAACUUUCACAACUGUUACUAUUACUCCUAGUCCAGGAUCACUUUCAACUGAUGCUAGUACUACUACUGCUUUAGUUCCAGUUACAACAUCUGAAUCGAGUGAUUUUGGUCCAAAUGUUACUGAAACUUCUAUUCCAAGUUCAUCUGAUUCAUGGAUUUUAGAAAACAUCACUACUGUUACUUCAAAUAGUGUUUGUAUUGUCAAUUAUGAUUAUUAUAAUGCAAGUGAAUCUGAAGCUGAUGAAACCACCACUUUAACUUCUACUAUUUAUACUACUGUUACUAACACUAUAUACUAG